AUGCUGAAACAGAAAGCGCUGGUUGAUGUUCUCGGACAGGUGAACACAAGCGGUGUUGAUGGUUCGUGGCUUUUCAAUAAGGAAGGAUUGCUCCUUGCCUACGUCGGAAGCGAACAGAAAGCCGUUGCAUCAAACGUCUCAUCUGCACUUAUAGCCAGUGUCUGGGCUGCUCUCGAGAGAAGAGCCAACGAUCUGAAAGAAACUAUUCUCGUUCUGGAGAAUGGAGUAAUUGGUUGCACACUCGUCGCUCGUACAAUGCUUCUGGCAGUCAAGGCCGACAAGAGUGCCGAUUUGGGAAUGGUCCGCGCUAAGCUUCAUACACUGGCCGCCUACCUCGAGCAGCCGAUUCUUUCAAUUUCUCACGAUUUGGGAUGAUCGAUGUAUUAUCUUAUAUUUCUAUCGGGUCUCAUUCAUCCCAUCCAAAUUCCAUUUUAUUUUUUUCCAAUUUACUAACAAUGAAUAGAUCAUUUCACGCCAUUCUUGUUUUUUUUAAGAACUUUUAAAAUAU